AUGGCUGUUACCAACCACAGGUGGCCGGAGAAGUUUGGUUUUAGGAUCGGCGGAAAUGGGCCGUGUUACAUCUUGGCCGUGGACGAGGGCAGCAGUGCCCAGCUGGCCGGACUUCAGCCCGGAGACCAGAUCCUGGAGAUUGAAGGCCAGCCGGUGUCUUCCCUGGAUUGUGAGGCGCUCAUGGCCUUGGCCAGGCAGUGCGAGAACGUCCCGCCCAGCAUCGGUGUGGUCUCCCGGGCCCAUCAGGUGGACCUCAGCCCUGGCCACGCGGGGCAGUUCGGCUUCACCUUGACAGGCGAUGGGGAGGGUCCCUUGCAGGUAGAGAGUGUGGCCCCCGGGUCCCCUGCCUCUGAAUGUGGGGUCAAAGCCGGAGACUAUGUGCUGGAAGUCAAUGGGAGCCCCGUGAAGUGCUACGAAGAGGCAGCGGUCCUGAUCCACGCUUGCCAGGGGCACAGCCUCCGUCUGAGGCUCUUCCAGAUGGGGCACCUUCAGAGGUGGGCCAGUGGCAACGUGCGGGCCUUUGUCCAGAGUGCGGACGCCAUCCACCAGGAGAGGAGGCAGAAAGCCAAGGAGUUCAGCAAUAAGGUGCAGGAGAUCCUGGGAGACCAGCCGGACCGAAAGGAAAAGAUGUUCACCACCCUGAAGCAAUAUGCGGCGGAGCGGAAGGUCGACUAUUUGGCCCACGCCCUCUCUGCCAUCCUCACUGAGGAUUCCCACCAGCCUCUCAUAGAUAAUAUCAGGAUCUUCAUCCCCAGGAAACACCGGCAGCGCUUCGACGAGGUGGUCUCCCAAAGCCUCAUCAGUAAGCUGUGCCGGGCCAGGACCGAGCCGCCGGCCCGCCGGCUGAGACGGAGCCGCAGCGAGGACCACCCCGAGCGGCUCCUGGUCUCCACCCGGGCCAGCUCCUUGCCACGCAGCCACGAAGAAAGCGCCAAGGGCCUGAGGAAGGCCACCUCCCUGAUCGCCAGCAAUGUGGGGUCGGGGGCAGCUUGCAGGACCAUCCGUGUUUACAAAGGCAGCAGGAGCUUCGGUUUUACUCUGCGCGGCCAUUCCCCGGUGUGGAUCGAGUCCGUCUUGCCUGGUAGUCCAGCUGACAAAGCAUCACUGAAGCCUGGAGAUCGGAUCUUGUUCCUCAAUGGGCUGGAUAUGAGGAACUGCUCCCACGAGAAGGUUGUCUCCAUGCUUCAAGGCAGCGGGGCCAUGCCCACCCUCGUGGUGGAAGAAGGCAUCGUGAGCUUUUCAGAUGGGGAGUCCUCGGACAGUCCCAGCUCGUCCUCCGCGCUCACCUCCUUGCAGUGGGUGGCCGAGAUCCUGCCUUCCAGCAUCAAGAUCCAAGGGAGGACCUUCCAGCAGCAGCUGGAGCACCUGCUCACACCCCCCGAGCGUUACACGGUCUGCAAAGCCCUGGAAAGCUUCUUCCAGCACAGGAACAUCGACACCCUCAUUGUGGACGUCUACCCUGUCCUGGACACCCCCUCGAAGCACAUCAUCUGGCAGUUCGUCUACCAGCUGCUGACCUACGAGGAGCAGGAGCAUUGCCAGCAGAAGAUUGCCAGGUUUCUCGGCUACAAGUCCCUGGCAGCUGAGCCAGAAGCAGAGGAACGGCCCCGCACCUCCCUACGGGCGGCCCCAGCAUGCCGGAGAAGCAUUCGCACCCAGAGCCCAGAGGACAACAGAGCUGGAGGUCCUGGGGAAGUUGCUGUCACCGAGGGGCUGGUCCGUUCAGCGCCUGGAGAGAGGCAAGCGGGUGACGGGACGUCACUUCCCGAAACGCCCAACCCCAAGAUGAUGUCCGCCGUCUACGCAGAACUGGAAAGCCGGCUCACCACUGGCUUUGGGGGCAAGCUGAGCAGCUUGGCAUCUCCGCCAAUUUCAGAACAAGGAAACCCGGCAGGGGCCUGGAAGACGGGGCUCUCCAUUUCCUGGCAGAACGACCAGGCUGGCUAUUACCACGUGCAGGGCGGCGGCGGCGGUCUUCCUUCCCCGGACAGCGCAGAGUCCAACCCUUACGUCAGCCUGGACAGCAGCCCGGCCCCUUCCCCCAAGCACAGGGGCUACCCCCUCAGCCCCCUCUCCCGGAGAAGGAGGAAGCUCUUCACCUUCUCGCGCCCGCCCCGGAGCCGGGACACGGACCGCUUCCUGGAUGCGCUGAGCGAGCAGCUGGGCCACCGGAUCACCCUCGUGGACGACUUCCUGACCCCGGAGAAUGAUUACGAGGAGGUGGAGAAUUCCGAAGGCACCAUCUGGGGCCAGCUCGGGGAGGACUCCGACUACGACAAGCUGAGCGACAUGGUCAAAUACCUGGACCUGGAGCUGCAUUUUGGAACUCAGAAGCCGGCGAUUUCUCUUCCAGAGCCGAGCCCCUUGCCAGAGUCCUUUAAAAAGAAAGAUGUGGUUGAGAUUCUCUCCCACAAAAAGGCCUAUAACACAGCCAUCCUGAUUGCGCACCUCAAGCUCUCCCACAUCGAGCUGCGCCAGAUCCUCCUGACCAUGGAGAGCGACCGCCUGGAAGCCUCGCACAUCAAGCAGCUGCUGCUGUAUGCGCCCGACACGGAGGAAGUGCAGCAGUACGAGAACUACCAGGGAAACCCCAGCAAACUCAGUGAGCCCGACCAGUUUGUCCUGCAGAUGCUUUUGGUCCCAGAGUACAAAACCCGGCUACGCAGCCUUCACUUCAAGACCACCCUGCAGGAGAAGACGGAGGAGAUCCUGGCCAGCUACGAGUGCCUUUACAAGGCCUCCGUGGAGCUCAAGACCAGCAAGAAGCUGGCAAAGAUCUUGGAGUUUGUGCUGGCCAUGGGGAACUACCUGAACCACGGGCAACCGAAGACCAACAAAACAACCGGGUUUAAAAUCAACUUCCUCACUGAGCUGAACACCACCAAGACUGUCGAUGGGAAGUCCACCUUUCUGCACAUCCUCGCCAAAUCCCUGAGCCAACAUUUCCCAGAGCUCCUGGGCUUUGCCCGGGACCUGCCCACGGUGCCACACGCUGCCAAAGUGAAUCAGAGAACAUUAAUGGCUGACCUCAACGACCUUCAUUCCACCGUUGGGGAGAUCGAGAUGGCCUGCCAGAACAUGGUGCCUUCCCCGGAGGACAGGUUUGCUACUGUGAUGGGCGCCUUCCUGGAGGAGGCGCGGCCGGCCAUCCAGGCCCUGGCGGACCUGCAGCACAAAGCCAUGGAGGAGUUCCACCAGGUGCUCUCCUUCUUCGGAGAGGACUUCAAGGCCACCACCUCGGAAGCUUUCUUCGGCAUCUUCGCAGAGUUCAUGAGCAAGUUUGAGCGAGCCUUCAGCGACGUGCAAGCCAGCGAUCCCCACCAUCCUCGGGUGACCCCACCUCUUGCCUGGUGACCGGAUGGCUGAGGACAGCAGCCUUGGGUGGGGAACCUUCUCUCUCCCCCCCCCUUCCUCAAGAGCACAGUUGCUUCCGGUUGCAUCUGGCUGUACAUACAAAGGAUUUGCGCUUCACCGUGAGUUGUGAAGGGGCAUCGGGCCCGUUCUGGUGCUGUAAGAGCAUGCUCCUGCAGUCGCUCCACGGGGCCCAGUGUGAGGGGCCUGAGAAGGGCUCACCCCCCCGGGACUCCGAGGCUCUGGCACCUUGGAUUGCUCCAACCCACUCCAGCAGCGGGCG